AUGAAGAAGUUAGCGAUAUGCAUUAAGAGCGACUCUCAACAAGAAAAAAUGCAUACUUUCUUCCUUCUGUGUGCUGCAGAAGCAGCCCUGAGCGCAGGCGAUGUCCUCGGACUUAAUCGUCCGAAGUAUCUUCAAGAUCAUGGAACCCUUUCUCUCAUAUUUCCUAGUCUAUAUGAGCUAAGAGAGCACUACGAACAAGGUGGACCUUAUUCUCCUGAAUUCUUUGGGCUGCUUGAGCAAGAGGAGCAUCACAGAUGUCAUGGAUUCUUAUUUUCUAUGUUUCCUGAGCUUGAAAAUGGUGCUCAGAUCAAGAAAAAUUAUGCCGAUAGGAUCGUUGCUGAUACCAGAAUGGGUUGA